AAAAAAAAAAGAGAAAACCAAAGUCGUAAAAAGUCUAAAACCCUAGCAAAAAACGUACAGAAAAUCCCAAAUCGAAAAACCCUAAGAAAAAACAACAGAAAUAGCAGCAGAAGAAAGGGAAAGCCACAUUGUCCAUCCAAUGCCGACGACAAUCAAGAAGAAGAAGAAGAAAAUUAGUGGAAGUGGAGAGUCUUCCGAUGGAGUUUUGGUUAACGAGCCAACGAUGGGAGAGAAGCUCGCAACUCUGAGUCUUAUUACAGAUUCCAAGCAGCAGCAAGAGCCUUCUCUGGUUGCAGCGACACAGCCUCAGCCUCAGCCUCCAAGUGCAGACUCAGUUCAGGUGCUGCUUAGACAGGCUUUACGCGCCGAUGAUCGUGUGCUCUUGUUAGAUUGCUUGUACAACCGAGACGAGAAGGUUAUUGCGAAGUCGGUUUCGUUGUUGAGUCCGGCUGAUGUGCUCAAGCUUUUGCAGUCUCUGAUAUCAAUUAUUCAGUCGAGGGGUGCGAUUUUGGCAUGUGCACUUCCAUGGCUAAAAAGUCUACUUCUUCAACAUGCAAGUGGAAUAAUGUCCCAGGAAUCUUCUUUAGUUGCCCUGAAUUCUUUAUAUCAGCUCAUCGAGUCUAGAGUCUCAACUUUUGAAUCAGCUAUUCAACUAUCGAGUUGCUUGGACAUCCUUUACACAGGGGUUGUGGAUGAUGACAUAGAGGAGAAUGCCACUACGGUGCCAGUAAUUUAUGAGGAUGAGGAUGAAAGUGAUGAAGAGAAAUCUGAAGAUGCCAUGGAAACUGAUCAAGAUAUCAAUGAUGAGGAAGCAUCAGUAGCAUUUGAUGGUGUUAGUGACAUUGAAGGAAGUGAUGGCUUGAGUGACUGAUGUGAAUCUAAUGGUAGUUAGGGUUGUAUUUCCAAAUUUUGGGACAAAUUGUAUCUUGAUCGUAGUAUUUUCUUGGAAAUGGAAAUCAUAUCUGUAUACAAUGUUAGCUCUUCAGCAUAUAUAUGCUUGAUUACGAAGUCACUAAGAAAGGUGCGGGGGGCAUCUUGUUCUUCUCUUCUGUGCUGAAGUCAGAACUCUAAACACAGUUUUGUACUUUUUGUUGCCUGUAAAGGCUGUAAUCCUUCAUGAUUUUUGAAAUGCACUAUAUCUAGCUACCAGCCUUCCUAGGUGUUGAUAA